CAAAUCUCUCUAACCAUCCUAAGCUGCCCCGGAAUCUCUAGCAUUUCAAAUGACGUUUGCACAGAUAGUUCAGGCUGCUUUAAAACUGCCUGUUUGUGGAGGGGUUUUGCAACGAGGCCCAUCUUCCUUUCCCUAUCAAGGCCAACUUCCUGGCGUUGCUGUUGCUUAAUUCUAAGUUCUUGCUUCCAGGAAGGCAGACUUAAGUAAAUUUUGCUUUGAUAGCAGAGCCUUCUUUUCUCUUACACGCGUGCGUUUUAACCAAUAUAAAAGCUUCCGCGUUGAUAAAUGCAUUAGAGGGGGGGACGAGAGAAAAAAAAAUAAAGUUGACAUAGAGUAGGGUUUUUUUCCCCUCGUUUCGGAUAAGGUAGGGAGGGAAAGGAAGGCCGUGGAAAUGGAUUUCUUUUUAAAAUGGGCGCACAUUGUUGUAGAGUCAGUAGCGUGCGCUGAGGGGAGCUCUUUCUCUCGGUUGCAUUGUGCAGAGAGCAGGUGCUUGUCCACAUUACCAUACAGCUGAGGGCACAAAGCGCCAACUGAUGCAGGCCUCCCAUAAUAACAAACUGCCUUAAUGACAGCCACGCGAACGACCCACACCGCUCACGUUAAACACACACACGCACACAACACAAAAAGUACGCUCAGAGAAGGGGAGAAAAAAAGGCAGAAAGAGACAGCUCAAGGCACGGGGAGAGAAGGGGAAAAGAAACGAAGUUGGGGCCUCGAUCGUUGCAAGUUCGCCAAGAAUUCAGGGGAAAGGGAAAAUGAAAGGGGGGGGGAGAUGGAGUGGAGCGAGUGACUGAAAGAGCUUCUUUUGGGGUCUUUAAAAAGCAAGACUGUUUACCCAGCCAAACUUGCCUCGUCCGUCCGUCCCUCCCCCUUCUCCCCCUCUUGGAACUUAACACAAGGCAAGAGCCUUUUCCGGAUUGUUUGCAACUGAAAGUCUUUGGGGUUUAUUGCGCGUAAGGAUCCAGGGAAAAGCGCGCAGGGAUUUUUUGGAACCUUCCCAACUCAUCGCCCCUAUCUCUGGCUCUAGGAUCCCCAAAACUCCAUAGCGCAAGCAACCGUGGGGUUUAACCGCCUUUGAAAAACCAACAAGAUUGUACAAGACGCUUUGGGAAUCUGAUUGCGUCCACGUCUCCCGAAUUCGCGUUUCCUUCCCAUAUCCCGUUUCUCCCAGGACUUGAGACGUUAUGAAAUACAAAGAGAGUUCAAGAGAUGCUGGUUCCCAGCGGAAGAGACUCCUCUGCGCUGGGUAGAUACGUUGCACUACAGUUCCCAUCACUUUGGGUCAAGGUGAUGGGAAUUGUAAUCCGACGUCGGAAACGCUGGAGGGCAGUGGGCGGAUUUACGCAAACCUGCAGACUGCGUUUAAGAAAAGAAGCUAGAAGAAAAAGCUCGGUGGGCGCAGGCGAACACACAUACACGUUUUUAAGACGUUUCCAAAACCCAGCGUUUUUUCGCUGUUUGGAAAGGUUUCCUGCCUUUUUCCUAUUCAGAGAAGAAAAAGCGCGAGCGAGACUAUUGGGAAAGAAGAGCAAGGGUGUGCGUGUGGCGGGGAAGGUCGGUUCUUGCGGUUAUCAAAUUUGCAGGCAUGUAAAUCAGCGUCCCCCUCCCCUUUUUAGAUUUUGGUGGGAGCUGGAGGGGAGGGGAAGACGAGGGUUGCCCAUUUUACAGCUCACUGCCCAUUUGGCGAUCCAUUGAGAGGGAGGCUUGGAAAAGUGGUUCCUUUGUGACCGCUCUAGCCAGAUUGGGGGGCUGCUCAUUUGCAUCUCAUUAGCCAUGCAGGCGGCCGGCGAGAUAUAAGGCAGGCAGGCGCUGGAACGCAGGCAGAUCCUUAGCGCUACAGAGCAAGCCAGCGAGCAAAAAAUUAAAAAAAGAAAAAAAACCGAAAAAAAAAGAAAAAGGAAAAAAAAAGGGAAUAAUUUUACCCCAAUCCAGCAGGCAGUUUCAAGGCGAAAGCAAAGCUCACCCAUGACUAAAGUGGAGAGCAGACAUUAACGCGGGCACCGCCAAGCCAUCGACUUUGGAAAUCCACGAAGCAACAACAUUUUGCCUGGGUUUUUUUUGCGGGGGGUGGGGUGCAAAAGGUUUGGAUUUCUUUCUUUUCUUUUUUUAAAGCAACACAUCGAUCGGAAUUCAUUGCCAGAAAGUGGCGACCAGCAAAGCUUGGGGGGAUUUGAAAACGGCUGCUUGUGCGUAAUCGCCAACCCCUCUGCAAAACUAAAAACACAUGCACGCCAAAACAAAAAACCCGCCACUCUUCGCCUGAAGCCACCGGGAAUUAUCUUCUCGUCCCCUGAGGGAUUUCCAGAUCGUUGAUUAUUUUAAUCUCCUUUGGGAAGUCUUUUCUUCGUCCCUGGGAAUUAAGUGGCUUUUUCUCUCCUUUGCUUUGGUUGGAGCAAGAGAAACCAAAGCGUCAAGAACUGUGUCUGGAAGGGGAAGCCAAGAGGAGGGUAGUCCUUUUUCCUUGCGCCUAAUUCAUCUUUAAAACAAGAUCUGUCAGUCAACUAAAGGGCGUAUCUGGAACGCAUCGACGAGGGGGGUCGCAGGGGGAGAAAGAAAGACUCCAAACAAAUAAAUCAUCAUUCUAACCCCCUUACGGCCAGGCUCGGAUCGGAGAAACGUCCGGAUCUUCGACUUGACAGAAGCUCGUCUUGGUUUGCCGUUUUUGCCUUUGGAAAGGAAAACCGGGGACAAGAAGGGAAGAAGCCCAGACCUCUUCCUUCCCCUUCCCCCGUUUCAUCAGCCCUGCCAAAAUGGGUGGACGGUCCACGCUGGCUUUAGUUGUCUUUUGUGUGCUUCAACUUCCCUGCCAGGUUUGGACCUCCGGCGUCUUCGAGCUGAAGCUGCAGGAGUUUGUCAAUAAGAAGGGGCUUCUGGGCAACCGCAACUGCUGCCGAGAGGGACUGGGAUCCGCCAAUCCCGGCGCCGGCGCUUCGGCUGGCUUGCAACAGUGCGACUGCAAAACUUUCUUCCGCGUGUGCCUUAAGCAUUACCAAGCUAGCGUGUCCCCAGAGCCGCCUUGUACCUACGGCAGUGCUGUCACGCCGGUUCUUGGAGCCAACUCCUUCAGCGUCCCCGACAGCGCCGCCAGCAGCGGCAGCGAACCGUCUUUCAGCAACCCCAUCCGGUUCCCCUUCGGCUUCACCUGGCCGGGCACUUUCUCUCUCAUCAUUGAAGCUCUGCACACUGACUCUCCUGAUGACCUCAGCACAGAGAAUCCAGAACGUCUCAUUAGCCGCUUGGCUACACAGAGACAUUUGACUGUUGGGGAAGAAUGGUCCAGUGACCUGCAUACCAGUGGUCGCACUGACCUCAAGUACUCCUAUCGAUUUGUGUGCGAUGAGCAUUACUAUGGAGAAGGCUGUUCUGUCUUUUGUCGCCCUCGGGAUGAUGCCUUUGGCCACUUCACCUGUGGAGAACGUGGGGAAAAGAUCUGCAAUCCAGGCUGGAAGGGACUGUACUGCGGUGACCCAAUUUGCUUGCCAGGCUGUGAUGACCAGCAUGGAUUCUGUGACAAGCCUGGAGAAUGCAAAUGCCGUGUUGGUUGGCAAGGGCGUUACUGUGAUGAAUGCAUCCGAUACCCAGGUUGUCUUCAUGGUACCUGUCAACAACCUUGGCAGUGCAAUUGUCAGGAAGGAUGGGGAGGUCUUUUUUGUAACCAGGAUCUAAAUUACUGUACACACCAUAAGCCUUGCAAAAAUGCCGCCACUUGUACUAACACGGGCCAAGGAAGUUACACCUGUUCUUGCCGUGCUGGUUACACAGGUUCCAAUUGUGAGAUUGAAAUCAAUGAAUGUGAUGUCAGCCCUUGCAGGAAUGGAGGAAGUUGUACCGAUCUUGAGAACAGCUACUCCUGUACCUGUCCACCUGGCUUUUAUGGUAAAAACUGCGAGCUGGGUGCAAUGACUUGUGCCGAUGGGCCUUGCUUCAAUGGAGGACGAUGUACAGACAAUCCUGAAGGUGGAUAUAGUUGUCGUUGCCCCAUGGGUUACUCUGGAUUUAACUGCGAAAAGAAAAUUGACUAUUGCAGCUCCAGUCCUUGUGCUAAUGGAGCUCAGUGUGUGGAUCUUACAAAUUCCUACAUAUGUCAAUGUCAAGCUGGCUUCACGGGAAGACACUGUGAUGAUAAUGUGGAUGACUGUGGCUCCUUUCCUUGCUUAAACGGAGGCACCUGUCAAGAUGGAGUCAACGACUAUUCCUGCACCUGCCCUCCGGGAUACAAUGGAAAGAACUGUAGCACUCCUGUCAGCAAAUGUGAGCAUGAUCCCUGCCACAAUGGGGCUACUUGCCACGAAAGAAACAACCGUUACGUGUGUGAAUGUGCACGUAGUUAUGGGGGCCUCAACUGCCAGUUCUUGCUUCCUGAACCCCCUCAAGGGGCAGUCAUCGUUGACAUCACCGAGCAGUAUGCAGAACGCCAGAGCUCCCAAUUCCCAUGGAUUGCAAUAUGUGCUGGAAUUAUCCUGGUCCUUAUGCUCUUGCUGGGCUGUGCUGCCAUUGUGGUCUGUUUUCGUCUCAAAACACAAAAGCAGCAGCCUCAGCAAGAUGCCUGUAGGAGUGAAGUUGAGACCAUGAACAACCUGGCCAACUGUCAGCGAGAGAAGGACAUCUCCAUAAGUGUCAUUGGUGCCACCCAGAUUAAGAAUACGAACAAGAAAAUAGACUUCCACAGCGAAAAUGCUGACAAAAAUGGCUACAAAGUCAGAUACCCGUCAGUGGAUUACAAUUUGGUCCAUGACCUCAAGCAUGAGGACACUGUUAAAGGGGAUCAUGGGAGAUGUGAAGCGAAGGGUGAAACGUAUGAUUUGGAAGCAGAAGAGAAAAACACAGUACAGCCCAAAAGUGAAACAUCUGAAAGGAAACGGCCAGAAUCGGUAUAUUCCACUUCAAAAGACACAAAGUACCAGUCAGUGUAUGUCAUAUCAGAAGAGAAGGAUGAAUGCAUCAUAGCAACAGAGGUGUAAAAGAAAGAUGACGUGGCAAAAUUGUUGCUUUGAAACAAUUUUCAAAGGUGAUAUGCCCCAAUGAAUGCUGCUGAACAAGGAAAGGGAGAAAGAUUCCUUCACUGACUGCUGCUGAGAAACUAAAUUCAGACUGAGCUGGUUCUCUACUGAAGUUAGCAAAAGGGACUGCAAAUAAUACAUGACGGACGCUAAGUCAGGCUCUGUGUUCAAAGAUACCUGUUGCACUGCCUUUUAUGAAGAUUUAUCAUUGCACUAUGGUCAGUUGAUUUUCCCCCCCUAUAUGUAUUUAAAUGAACGGACUGAAUUCCUACACAAGUGUGCACUGCCUGGAGUGUGUAUUUUGGAUUCUAUGAGCCAGUUGAUUCUUGAGAUACAGACACUGCCUUUACUGUCCUUUUUUUAUACUAAAAUGUGUUUCUAUUAGGUGGGGAAAGAGAGUGUGUUAUUUUUUUUAAUCUGUAAAAAUUAUUUUCAGGAUAUUUGUAAAGCUGGGGUAUUUUGUGAUUUUUUUUUAAUAAUUUAAUUUUUUUGGUAAAUAUGUACAAAGGCACUUCGGGUCUAUGUGACUAUUUUUUUUUUGUUUGUAUAUAAUGUAUUUAUGAAACACUCUGCAAAAUGUUAUUUGAGGUUUUUUUUUACUGUUUUUGUUAAUAAAGAAAUCCAUUUUAAAAAUAUUUUU